AUGGAAGAAAGGAACGUUCUUGAAUAUGCAGAAUUAAUAAUAGACCGUCAGAGGGAUAAAAUAAAUGAACUAGAAAAAAAGUUAGAAGAAUUAAGAAGUAGCAGUGAAGAGUUACAAAAAAAUGUAAUUAAAAAUGAUGAAGAAAAUAAAACAUUAAGAUUAGAAUUGAAUAGAAGAAAUGAUAAUGAUAUGAUUUUAAGUAUGCAAAUGAAUAAAGAAAAUGAACUUUUAGAAAAAAUGAAUUUCUUAGAAAAACAAAUACUUAAAAGAGAUACACUUCUUGAAGAAUUAAAAAAUUUAAUUAAAAAACGAAAGUAUGAAUAUGAAUUAUUAUUAGAAGAAAAGGAUAAUCUCAAAAAUACUAUAAAUACAUUAAGAAAUGAUUUAUAUGAGAACCGAAAGAAUGAAAAAUUAAAAGAACAAGAAGUUAUACAUAAUGAAAAAGAAAAUGAAAAGUUUUUAAAUUUAUACAAAAAUAAUAAUGAAGAAUUAAAUAUAACUAAAAGAUGUUUAAUUCAAAUAGAAAGUGAAUUAAAUAUUUAUAAAAAACAAAAUGAAAAUCAAAAAAAUGAAAUUCAAAAAUUAUAUAGAAUUAUUACGUGUAUGAAUAGAGAAAAAACAUUAAUGCCACCUGUAGUAUUAGCUUUACAAAAUGAAUAUAAUAUAAGAACAACAUUAACAAACAAAAAAGAAUAUACUCCUCAAAUAAAAGAUAUACAAGAUGAAUCAUCAAUAUAUAUCAAUACUAUAAAAAAUAAUAAAAAGAAAUUAACUACAUUAAGUCCAAUACAUAAUAAGAUAAAUCAUGAUAAAGAAAAAAGAUAUGAUGAUGACAUACAAAGUAUUUAUGAUAAUAAUGAAGAGCAAGAUAAAAAAGAUAUAAUUCAAAAUAAUGAUAAAAAAGGUGUAUCCAAAUUAAACUUUAUUGAAUCACAAGAACAAAAAAAUUUAUAUAAUAAAAUAUUACAAGUAUUAAAUAAUUUACAAGAUAAAAAUUUGAAAGAUGAUAAUAAAAGUAAUUUCUUUUUCUUUUCAUCAAUCCUUUUACAUUAUUGUAAAAGUUCUUCAAUAAAUAAAACAACCUAUGAAAUAAAUAUAUCUACUGAUCAUUCGAAUAGUGAUACCGCUCAAUCAGUGGAUACAUUUGAUAAUUCAUCUGAUAGUCAUUUUACUUACAGCUCAUCAGGCAGGAGAAGAAAUAAUUCUAAGAGAUCAAAUCAUAAAAAAAAAAAUAAAAAAUAUUCAAAAUUGGACAAUACAAAGGAAAGGAACAAAUUAGAUAACGAAUUAAAUAAGAAAAACGGAAAAAAAGAAAAAAUCAAAAAUAAAAAUUAUCCUAAGAAUAAUAGUCUUAGUGAAAGUGAAAUAAAUGAAUAUUCUGAUGAAAAUAUGGAUGACAGUGAUUAUUCGACAAAUUUUCAAAAGAACAAAAUGAGAACAGAUUCAUCAUCUUCAGAUACUGAAAGUAAUACAAAUAGUAAUAUAAAUAUGAAUAGUAAUACUACUACGAAUAAUGAGUAUGAUUAUGAUGAUGAUGAUGAUAAGGAUAAUUAUUAUGACAAGGAUAACAUCAAAAUGAAUAAUAAGAAAACAUAUUCUAGAGGAGAUAAUAAUAGUUAUUUAAUACAUAAAUAUGAUAAAAAUAAACAUAGAAAUAAAAAAAUGAAUUUGGAAAAAGAAAGAAAAUUUUUAUUAAAUCGUUCUAAUUAUACUGAACGAUUUAUAGGUGUGACAAGUAAACAAAUGUAUAUAUAUAAUGAUAAAUGUGAUGAUGAACCAGAAUAUGUAUUAAGAAUAGAAAAUUUGAAAAAUAUAAAAAUUUUAUAUAAUAACCAAAUAUAUGAAUUAGAGUAUAUGUCAUUUAAUAACAUGAUAGAGAAACAUUAUAUAUUUAUAAAAAAUUAUGAUAAAUGUAUACGAAUGUUUUAUGCCUUACAAUAUGCUGGUUUUAUUAAAACAGAUAUGAAAAAUUUUAUGCAAAGGAGAGACUACCAAAAUGAUAAUAUUUUGAAUAAUAUAGGUUAUAGAAAUAUAAAUGAUCCAAUACAAAAUCAACAAAUGAAAAGAAUUAGUAAUAAAAAAAGAAAAGAUAAAAUAAAUUACCAAGAUAAAGACGAAGAUGAAGAUGAAGAUGAAGAUUAUUUAUCUAUCAAUCAAUUAGAUAAUACAACAAAUCUAAUAAGAGUAAAUAUCUUUACUCCAAAUGGUGUUGAUAAAAAUGGAAAUAAUGUACCUUAUUUAAGCAAUAAUAUAUUAUUAAAAGCAUAUAUAAAAGAUAAUAUUUUAUUAUUUACAAAUUUUGUAGAAGAUGAUAAUAAAUAUUUUUUUAAAUGUGAUAAAUAUUAUAUGAAAUAUAAAAAUGGGAAAUUCAUUCUUUAUUUUAACGAUUUUAAAGAUCAACAUAUUGUGAUAGCACAAAGUAAAGAUGAAAAUAAUAUUUUAUAUAAUAUUUUAUAUAAAAUGAAAUGGAAUAAUACAUAUAAUGAAAAGAAUAUAAAUGAUCAAAUUAGUAAUCAUGGAAAUAUAGAUAACGAAAGAAUUAAAGACUCACGUAUGUCUUCACAUACAUCUAAUAGAAAUGUUGAAGGAAUAAAAUCUGAUAAUGAUGAUUAUCAUCAUAAUAGUAAAGAUAUUUAUGAUAACAAAAGUUCUAAUAUAUAUGAAAAGGAUAAAGAUAAUCAACGAUCAAGCAAAGACCUUUCUUCAUUUAAUCAAAGUAAUCAUAUUAGUGAUAGUAGAAGAAAUGAAUCUACAUCAAAUGUAAGUAAUAUUUCAGACGAUAAUGAAGGAGAUAACUUUUUUAUAAAGGAUAAUGUUCUUUAUAUAUCUAAAAAUGGUAAAGGUUUUAAAAACGAUUUAAGUAAUGUCAAUGAAGAAAAUGCUUUCAGAUUUGAAACGAAUGAUCUGAUUGUUAUACGAAAUGAUGAAUUAAAAGAAUUAACAUUUAUGAAAAAUAAAGAAAAUAGGAAUGCAGAUACAUAUAUUUUUGAUUAUCCUAAAAAAGAGAAAUAUGACCAAUUAGUAUCUGAAUUACGUAAACAUAAUUUUAAUAUAACAAGCAUUAGUGCAUAUGAAAAAAUAAAAAAUCAAACAUCAUCACAAAAAGAAGAAAAUACUUCUGUAAUAAGUUCAUUAGAUGGAAAAAGUGCAAGUCAAUUAAGUAAGAAAGGUAUGAUAAAAGAUAAAAUCAUAGAAAAUAAUCAAGUGGUUGUUAUUGAAAAAGGAAUGUUAUCAAUUUAUAAACAUUAUGGAAAUGAAAGUUCUGUACCUAUAAUAAAAUUUACAUGUGAUUUCUGUGAUGUUCAAGCUAAUGAACAAAAUGGAGAAAUUAUAAUUAAAGAUACCUCUAAAGAUUCCAGUGAACGUAUUGUAUUAGAUUGUUUAAAUAAAACAGAAUUUAAUAGAUGGAAAACUGCAUUAUGUUUUGGUGGAUUCUUAAAAGGAGAACAUAUGAGUAAUACAUAUAUGAAUUUAAAAAAACAUAUUUUUUCUAUAAAUAUAUUUGAUAAUUAUUAUGUUAAAAAUCUAGUCAAAGUAGAAAAUAAUUGUGUAAAUAUAUAUCCAAAUGAUAAAUUUAUUAAACCCUUAUUUUCAUUUGAUAAAGAAAAAAUAGAAUUAGUAUUAAUGCCUGAAUUGAGAAAAAUCAGAAUCUAUCUACAAAGAGAUACAAUAUAUGAACAACGAUAUGAUAUAACCAUGUCAUUAGCAAGAGAUUAUUUAAAAAUUAAAGAAGAUAUACUCAAAAGUAAUUUUCAUAUGUUAAACCAAAAAAAAACACAAAAAAUUAAAAAACCAUUUAUUUUAUGUAAAAAAAAUAUUAUUGCUAUACAUAAAGAUAAAUAUAAUUUAAAACCAGAACUUUUAUUAGACAGAAAAAAUUGUAUGGUCAAAAUAGAUAAAAAUAAUUUUUCUAUUUCUUUUCUUAUUAAAAGUCAAGUAAAUAGAAAUGCAAAUCAAAUUAAAACUAUCAAACUCGCAAAUAUUAUCAAUUUUAAUAAGUGGAUGGUUACUCUAAAAUUAGCUUCAUUCAUUCCAGCUGCCAUAGAUUAUGAGGAUAAUAUUUCUUUCCCUUCAAUAACAUUUGGACAUACAUGUCCAGAAGCAAUCAGCUUGAUCAAAAGAAGAAGUUCCUUAAUGGACUUUUUUAGAAUUAAUUUUAAAAGAAAGGCACCACAAGCAAAAAAACCUAAAGCUAUGUUAGCCAAAAGACCACCAAAAUGA